UUUUAGUGAGAUUAUUUGAGGUGGAAAGUGUUGCUAUUUCAUUAGCUAAAAUGAAGUAUUUUUUGCUCUUAAUUUCGUGCUUUUUUGCAUUGGCUGUUGCGGAGGAUUAUGCCGCAAAUAUUCAUUUUAUCGUGUACAGAGACAAUGUUCCCUAUAAUCUAUCGAACACCGCAAGUGGGAAUCCCAUUGAGGAGGGACUCUGCAGUGCUGGAGAUCAAUUGGCAAUGGUUGUGUACGGAUGGACGGAAAGCUGCUCAACUGAUUGGGUAAUUGAUCUCAUCUCCAACCUCACGGAAUACCGCGGAGGAUGCAUCAUCUGCAUGGACUACAGCCACUACACACAGACAGCUAGCUACAUUGAGUAUCCAAUUAUUGUGACCCAAUUCGAUGGAAUUCGCGACGUUUUGAAGAAUGAAAUGGAAGAUCUGCGUACUUUUGGAUUUGAUCCCAGUCUUACGUACAUGUUUGGCAUGAGUUUUGGAUCUCAGGUCGUCCUUCAAGCAGCAGGACUUCUUACCCAAAAAAUCAAAGAGAUUGAUGCAUGCGAUCCAGCUCAAGUAGGCUUCCUCCCAUAUCCCAUCACACCUGAUCCAAAACUAUCCGCUGAUAAUGUCCAGUGCAUCCAUACAAGUGGCGACAAAGGAACCGUCCAGAGAUAUUGCCAUCAAGAUUGGAAUAUGGGACACUGUGGCCUGUACCAAGAUGCAGCUGGACUCAACCCCUUAAAUGAUCACGGAACCUGCCCCAUUUUCUACAAUAGCGCCUUCCGCAAUAACUUCAACGCCAUCCCCAUGCCCCUCGAAUGUCUUUUGCCGAAAUUUUUGCAAAUUCUCGAUUUCCGUUCUCUCGCAAAUUGCGUUUACCCGUCUGGCUUCAAAAUGGGCUACAUGCAGAGAGAUAAGCAGGGUGUCUGUGGGCCUAAUGGUGGAAAUCUCUAUGCCAAGACUACGGCAACAUAUCCUUACAACUAAACUUAAAAACCUUAAAAAGAAUACCUACAAAGGCGCAUGAUCUGGAACUUAUCUUGACCUCUAAAUGAUUUGGAAAUAUUCCAAAGAAAUUAUGAAAUUGCACUAAUUUUUUAAUAACUAUUUUUUUACAAAAUUAUUGUUUUAUUUAAAUUUCUUUCAAAAGUAGCACUUUAAGAACUUUUUUGAACUAAAAUUGUACCUUUUUCGAAUUAAAUAAACAUUUGGAUUCAAUAUUGAAAUUAAAAUUAUUUCUUUCAAAGCAGAAA